UACUAAAUAGCCAAAUAACAAGGACUAAAUGACUAAUGAAAAAAACUCUAAAACGUUACAAGUAAAUCAUGACCAAAGGGUAUAUAUUAAAAGAAAAUUUUGUAUGUAAUUAUUUAUUUGUCAGGGGCUAAUGUGCAAGUUUGUCAACAUCUAAUCCUAUAUUGUCCACCUAUUUCGCGAUUGAUAACAAACAACAACAGCAGAGCAAACAAGAGAACCAGAACAUCAACAGAGAAAAACAAAUAGAUAUAUAUAUAUAUAUAUAGAGAGAGAGAGAGAGAAGCCGACCUGGAAACCGACUAGACCUUGAAACCCAAGCUUUGAACCAUGCCCGACGCCUUCCAGUGCUGCUUCCGGCCAGCCGGAUCGUCGCCGGCGCCGACCCAAGCUGGCCCCACCGUCACCACCUCCGUCUACGAGACCACGAUGGGCCUCGUCGCCCUCUCCUGGUCACGCACGCUCCUCGGGCUCUCCCUCCGCAUCGACCUCCGCCUCCACGACUCCCCAGCCUUCACCUUCCGCGUCCGCCCCCGACUCCUCUGGCGCCGCCGUGGCCGCCGCCGCCUCCCCCUCCCCGGCUCCUCCAGCUCGAUCUCCCUCUCCUGGGACCUCUCCCACUCCAUCUUCCCCUCCUCUUCCUCCCCUGAACCCUCCCACUUCUCCCUCUCCCUCUCCCUGGACUCCCUCCCUCUCCUCCUCCUCGGCGAUUCGUCAUCCCCGCCUCCCCUCAUCUCCCGCCGUGAACGCAUCGUCCUCUCCGACGCCCACCCUUUCAAGACUACCGCCCGAUUCGCCGGCCAGGACCACGAGAUCUCGAUCUCCUUCGAUCUUCACUCCGGCGGUGAGAGGGAUUCGAUCUCGGAGACGAAGGAGAAGAAGAAGGAUCGAGAAGCAGGGAUGAGGCUCUGGAUCGACGGUGGGAUGGCUUUACACGUGCGAAGGAUCAAGUGGAAGUUCAGAGGCAGUGAGCGUGUGGACCUUAACGGGUUUCGGAUCCGGGUCUCUUGGGACCUCCACAACUGGUUCUUCUCCCAAUCCGGAUCCGAACCCGACGAAGCGGGCCGGGCCGUGCUGCUGAUCCGGUUUGAGAACAGCGACGGUGACGGUGAGGGGUAUUUCGGGAAGGAUAUCGAAGGGGCAUUUAGGGAAACGGAGGGGUGUUUCGGGAAGAGCUGGGAUUGGAGCGAUAAAAGUAGUGGAGAGAAUGGGAAGAAGAUUGGGAGUAGGAGGAUGACGAGCUCGUCAUCGUCGGCGAGUUCGUCAUCGGCUUCGUCGGCGAGCUCGUCGUCGGUGAUGGAGUGGGCCAGCGCCGAGGAGACGCAGCUGAAGAGCGCGCAAGGGUUCUCGCUCUUGGUGUAUGCGUGGAGAUGAUAUGGCAUUUUGGGUUUCUUUUCUGGGUUUCUUUCUUUGGUGCGCUUUGCUGUGAUUUUUAGAGGGGUUGGGUUUGUUGUAAUUUCAGAUUCAACUGCAUUUGUUUUAUGGAGAUAAAUAAAUAAUUAUAUAAUUAAAUGGGAUGUUUUGGAAUUA